AUGCCAGAUAAACCAGUCAGUAUGGGUUUGCAAUUAUUUCCACCUCCACCAUCCAAGAAGAAAACUUGGAAAAGUAAUAGCGAUGAGCGAAACCUUCCAACAUCCACAUCCGAUCGGGGCCCUGCGAAUCGUUCACAGUCGCUUGAUAUGUUCGUCGAUGGAAUGCAAUUACCGUUUGGCGGUAGCCAAAUUCCCCAAGAUGGAAGAGCAUUGCCCAUGAACAUACCUCCUCCCGCCGUGCUUGCAUCUGAACGCCCGAGGUCUCACACUUCAUUUUCGGAAGCACCUACACUUGUGAGAAGCAACAGUAAUUCAUCCAGAUAUAGUCAGCACCACCAUCGAGAAGAGCCAGUAAUGAGAUCCAUAUUCCCUCGAUAUAAUCCCGAACUUCCAUUAGAAUAUCAACAAUAUUACCCAACACAGCAGAGCCCCCGACACAUUCCACAGAAUGCUAUCAGUCGACAGUCAUAUUCCCCCGGAAUCAAUGAGGUAAGCCCAGGUAUGGGCAGUCCAAUGUCGUUCGGCCCACAAUCACCCGGUCAGUUCGGAAGAGGUCUUCAAGACGAGACAUGGCCUGAACCAUCAACCUCCGCCGAAUUAAAGGAGCUAUGGAAAGUCACUAAUGGAUGGAAAGCAUCGGGAUCUGAAGGUCGAAAGUUCAUUAUGAAAAUGAAUAGCGCGGUAAAAGAACCUAUUCACACUCUUUCUUCAGCUACUCAGCCUUUUUACACCUUGCGUCUUGAUCCGACUUCAACUUCAGCUCAGGUAACGAUGAAAAGGCAAAAUCCGGCGAAAUCUCCGAGGAAGUCACAAUCCCCAAAGAGUGGGGUAUUUCCGAGAGCUGAUUCUCAAAUGGAAGUAUUAAUUACAACGCUCGAGGAAUAUUCGCGCCGCUUGCCACCAAAUGACGGCUUGGUAGCUCUUCUGUACCCCCAUGCAGCCUCAAGUAUGGCAGUCGAUCUGGCUGGACGGUCAAAUAUGGCAGACGGGGCCCUAGUUUUGGCAGCAGCCGAGCGAGAGUGCGGUCGAUUGUUGUGGGACGAUGAUACUAAGAAAUUUUACCUUAGACAUCCUGCUGUCAGCACUCCAUUUCUCAUAGCGAUAAAUUCAUCACCAGCUUGGUCCAGAGUUGAAUAUACGCUUGAGCAUCCAGAACUACCACACAAUCUUGUGCGUUUGGUGAGAGAUGGUAGUGGAACAGGAUUCCUGGAAAUCGAUACAGGCGUAGCUGCAAGAAUAGAUGCUUUCUAUAUCGUGGAUGUAGCGAUCGCCGCUGUCAUGCUGGCGGCGAUGGACGAGGAGAAAAGGAUGCAUAUUGAGAGAUUUGAUGCACCUCCUGGUGCACCAAUACAGCCAGAUACUCCAAAAUCAAAGAGGAAAUCAUUUCUGAGGGGAGAACAAAUGGAGUUGGAUAUAGAAAGUCAGGAGAGCCCACAAUACAAGAUGGUUCCGACGAAAGAAAAAGCCAAAGACAAGGAAAAGGUGCCAGGAUUUUGCGGCUUGCUCUGGAUGAUGGUGAAGGCCAUGGCUUGGAUCGUGAAGAUGGCAGUGAAAGCAAUCGCAGCUAUUUUAAUUGGGCUCAGCAAAUGUUUGACUAGGAAAAAGUAA